UUGCACAAAAUAUGGCUGAAUUUAUUCGGGUUCAGAGAGAAUGACACUACCAUUUCCGAGAAAAUGAUACAGUUCGUAUGAACUCGCCUGAAGAACCACCAGAGGAUGUUAUUGAGGACGGGUUUGAACCGGGCGGCCGUGCCGAGAACGCUAAAGCAGCUCUGCCGGCGGCAUGGGACGGUGGUGAGCUACUACGACAGCCAGUCUGGUCAGCAUGUGACGUACACUGACGCCAUCCAUGUCCACGGCCUUGUCUUCUCGCCGCCGACCACGAUAAAGCCAACAACCGCCUUGGGUCUCGAUUCGAUCACUGUUGCCGACCCUGCCUGGAAAGAUGCGUUGGUGAGCUUGGCACAUGACAAACCUAUCUACUUGAUGUACCCUCCAUGGACUCCGUCGUUGUCUCCUUUGGCUGUCGACCUCUCGUGCACAUCUCCGCGCGAGGACUGGGACGACGUCCUCGAGAAAUGCACUGCCGCGUCGAAACUCGGACUGCCGGUGAAGGCGACACUCACGCACGCGUUCGCAUCGACGGACGUGACGAUUCAACUCGCCGGCAGCUUGCUCGCGGACGCGGGUGUGGGUAUCAUAACCCUUGACGACAGCGUCGACAAGUUGGCGGACCAAGACAACCUGCUCGAAGCCUUUGAAGCGCUCACGUGGUGCGACGUCGUCGGUCUUCCGAUGAAGCAGCGCAUUGGAUUCCGUGGCUCGCCGCUUGCGUCGGAGGAUUUGCUGCUCCAGGCGAUACAGGAGCACGAGAUCAAGCACUUUGACGUGUGCCUCCAAGGCGGUGCCUACGCACUGGACCUUCUUCAGCUGACUCGAGCGUUGGAUGCGGCGGGGGCCUCUCACGGCGUAGUCAGUCAAUAGAAUCCAUCGUUUUGGCCGAUUGAACCGCUUCUGCACCCGCCUCGUACUCGUUGAGAGAUCACGACAUGCACCUAGUGUGCACCUGCUGCACCUACAUCGCCCUCGAGCAUUUGGCA